UUGUUUGUGAUUGUUUUUCUGAGUGCAGCCUUAAGUGUCUCGUACUUGAGUCGGUGGCAAAAUAUAUGUAAACUGUGAAGGAUUUUUUUUUCUCAAGAUAAAAAAGAAAAUCUAUGAAAAUUUCAUUGCUUGCUGAUUGAUUUUUCUUUACCAUUGCAUAUAUAUGCUUAUAGCUGUAUUACAUGGUAAAAAUUGGACACUAUUUAGCAGAGGAGUAUCUAUUGAUUUUUCCCCCUCUUUUGUCUGGUUUUACUCUAAAGUUUGGAACAUUUUCUGCCAGAUUUUGAACAUUUGACUUAGAUAUGCUGAUCCCAGAAGAAAUUGUUACUAGUCAUUGAAAAGCUGCAGAACAGAAAUUCUUUUGUGAUUAUACAACAUUGAACAGGAUUUAAUUAUCGGUUUAAGACUGAUUGAGAAAAUGUAGACACAAAGGAACCAUCUGUCAAUGUGGUGCUAUAUUUAAAUGGUUCAUGAAUUGGUAAAAUAGAAUUAGUAUAUGCAGCUUUAAUGCUGUGGUGAUGAUGAAUGACGUUCUGAAUACCUUUGCUGCAGCGGUGCUUUUGAGCACUGUGGCCAUCUAUGCAGAGAACAAUGUUGCACCACAAAUUACCCAGGAAGUUCGGAACCUGACUGUGGCUGAGGAACUUGUGGUCACUUUUGUCUGUAAAGCAUCUGGAAAUCCACAGCCUACAUUUCAUUGGGAAAAAGAUGGGAAAAAAUUGAAUAUAAGGAGGAACAGAUUCAAAAAAUUAGACAUGCCGUAUGGUAGUAUUUUGAGAAUUGAGACCGUGCGUAACAAGGACAGUGGUAGUACCUUUACCUGUGUGGCUGAGAAUGGUGUGGGGGAUCCAGCCAGAAGUACUGGGCAUCUGAAGGUCUACCGCAUUGACAGGGAAGGAAACGAAUUUCCAGUAGGAUAUCCCAAAAUUAUUGUUAAUCCAGAGCUAAAAUCUGUUGAGAAAGAGAAACCUGCCAUCAUGCAGUGUCAAGCUGAUGCUAAUGGACACAAGUUUGACAUCGAGUGGUUCAAAAAUGGCAUCCCUGUAGAUCUGGGUGACAACAAACGGCUCACAAUCACAGAAACAGGCUCUUUACGGAUAGCCAAGGCUUUAGAGUCGGAUUAUGGAAAGUAUGAAUGUGUAGCUACCAAUGAAUAUGGAGUGGCAUACUCUUAUGCUGCUAUGUUAUACAUCAGAGUACGUAGAGUUCCCCCUCAUUUUACCCUCCCUCCAAAGAGAGUGGAGGUGGACCCCAACGGCAGUGUCAAUCUGACCUGUGUGGCUGUCGGAUCCCCUAUGCCACAUGUCAUGUGGCGAGAUGGUGCCACAGAACUUGGAAAACCUGUCAUAGGAAAAAAUGUCCUUCAACUUAAAAAUGUCACAGAAAGCAAGAACUACACUUGCGUGGCGUCCUCUGACUUAGGGAACAUCGAACAUGUUGGGGAGGUCAUAGUUAAAGCACCUGGAACACCUCCAAGAUAUGUUACCGCCAAGGCUCUUAACUCCAACACAGUCAGUGUGUCAUGGCUACCUCCAGAAAAACCAAACGGUGUCAUACAGGGAUACCGAGUGUUCUACACUCUGCAAGCAGAUUUACCCAUAAUUCUGUGGAACAACAAAGAAGUCCAGUCAAACACCAAUGAAACUAUUAUAACAGGUCUGAAGCCAAAUGACACAUACACAAUUUGUGUCCUAGCUUACUCCAGUAAAGGGGAAGGUCCAGUGUCGCAGCUUAUAACUGUCAUCACCAAUGAAGGAAUUCCGUCACAACCCCGUAACAUUUUUGCGGAAGUUACAGGACCUAACACUAUAGAUGUAUCCUGGGACCCUCCUAGUCAGAUUAGAAUUGUAGUUAGCAAAUACUUUGUGUACUACAACGAUACAUACUUAAAGCAAGAGAACAAAGCGGUAGUCCAAGGCACAGAGACCAAGUAUCAACUGCAGGAUUUAACCCCCGACACGGUGUAUACCAUAAAAGUCUCAGCCUUGUCAGUGAAAGGUGAAGGGGCCGCCACACGCAUCAUCCAAGCCAAGACACUCCCAUUUGUGCCAAGUGCCGCCCCUCAAGCUGUUAGUGGAAUGCCCUACAAAGACUCCAGGAGUAUCAAAGUCACGUGGAAACCUCCCCCAAAAGAUCAGCAAAAUGGGGAGAUAAAAGGCUAUAAGAUAUUUUAUGUGAAAUAUGACCCCAGUCAGACUGAUCAGGAUGCCACCAGCGUCUCCGUUGACGCUGAGAAUCAGGAGAUAGUGUUGGGCAAACUUGAGAUCUUUACUGAGUAUAAGAUCUGGGUUCUGGCCUUCACCAGUGUAGGAGAUGGUCCCAGUUCACCACCCAUACGAGUGUGGACCAAUGAGGAUGUGCCUAAUGAACCCACAAAGGUAACAGCUGAAGCCAUCAACUCUACGGCCAUGUUUGUGGACUGGCGGCCACCAGAGGGCCGGGGCAGCAAUGGUAUUAUCCGCGGAUACUAUGUCUACUACUACGAGACGAAUGAUAAGGAUGAAAUGGUCGGACAGGAGUUGGUACAUGAUACGCAUGAUGGAAAUAGGAAUGAAGCUGUGAUCACAAACUUGAAAGCCGACACACAGUAUUCUGUGCAGGUAGCAGGGUACACAAGGAGGGGAGAUGGAAAACGCAGCAAAAAGAAGAUAGUCAAUACAAAAGGGGCUGUGCCCACACCACCAAGGGAUCUGAAUGCUGUACUGCUAGAUGAGGAACGCCCACAAGUUCAUGUGACCUGGAAGAUACCAAAGGAGGUGCAUGGGGAGCUGAUGGGGUAUCAGGUGAUCUGGGGACGCAAAGGGGAAUCCUACCAAAUGCUCAAUCUGCCAGCCAUGAGACAGAGCUACAUCUCAGAUAUCUUAGAUAAGGGAGCUACAUAUGAAUUUAGAGUAAAGGCAAAAAAUGAAGUUGGACUUGGUGAGAGAGCAUCGGCUGUAAUUAUUACUCCUGAUGGAAUCCCAGCAGGAGCUCCUCAGAAUUUUUCAGCUGAGAGCUUGACAGAAACCAGUGUUUUAUUGGAGUGGGACCUACCAGCCAAGCACCUGCAGAAUGGAGAAAUUGUCAUGUACCAACUCAUGUACCACAAAAUGGCUGAUUCCAUCAACGCUGAAGAUCUCAAUAUCACUGGACUACAGUACGAGGUGAAGGGACUGGAAAUGAACACAGACUAUGUUUUCCAGAUCCGAGCCUUUACCAGUAGAGGACCCGGCCCCUGGAGCCCUAAAUAUAUGCACCAUACAUUCGGAAGAAUGCCAGACAAGCCACAGAAUGUUCGUACCCGCCGCAAGAAUCAACAUAAGAUUGAGGUGACCUGGGACGAGCCUAAGAUGGCUGUGGCCGGAUAUCGGGUUUACUACAAUGACUUUGCAAGCAAUAACAUGGAAGACUGGUCCAAGAUAGAAAUUGGUCCCUACACAAUAGCAGACAUUGACAUCCCAGAUGACAAGGCGACAUAUGUUGUUCGAGUGCAGGCCAAGUCAGUGGAUGGCAGAUUUGGAAAUAUGUCGGAACCUUUCGUAGACUCGGUCGUUAUUGUAUAUGUGACGGAUAAGCAGGUGAGAAAUUUCCAGGUGACUCUACGUACAGCCACAGAGGUGCAUUUAAGCUGGGAUCCCCCAGAAAAUUCUGCUGUUGUCUUUUACCAAUUGGAAUAUGUAGGAGUUCAAUCGAGAAGACACAAAGGUCAACUAUUACCACCAAAACAAUACCAAUCCAAACCUAUCGAGAUUUCAGGAAACCAAAAGAGUUAUAUCGUGAACAAUCUCCAGCCCAAAACUUUUUAUACGUUCAAUAUCACAGCUAGAUUCCGUGACGGAACAACAGGUGAUCCACAGAUGGUGAGGGCCUACACUCGUCUGCUUGCUCCAAAUAAAGUUCCUCAACCCCAAGUGAAAGGAUACAGGAAAAACUCAGUCAUUUUAACGUUUGAUAAAGCCAGUGAAGAAAAUGGCGAUUUAAGUUACUAUUACUUAGUUGUGGUACCACAGAAUAUAGCAGCACAGAAAAAUCCACAAGAUUUCAAAGAGUCAGAGAUAGGGUUGAAGUUGAACACAACAACUAAAACGUUUUAUUCGGACACCAUGCCUUCAAGUUAUCCUGCCAGAAAUGUGUACAUCGCAGCAAAGUUUAAGGCUGAUCAACUUCCCGAGGAGUUUACUUUAGGUGAUGGCGUGGAAUAUGGAGGAUUCACUAAUAGACCUCUGGAGGUGGACAACACGUAUCGAGUCUUCUUGCGUGCCUACACAGUUGAAAUGACUUUGUACAAGUCCAGUGAUUAUUCUGCUUUUUUGCGCGUGCAUCCCAAGAAUCCAGAACCAAUUGGCCCCAAUGAAGACUCUGCAAGUGUCAAAGAAGACGACCCUACAAUAGGGAAAGAAAGUGUCGCAAGCUCUAAAAGUGUCAUGAUAAUAAUGAUUGUAGCCCCUGUCUGUGCUGGCGUAGCCUUCAUAAUCAUCGUCUGUAUAUUGGUGGUGUGGUACAUGAGGAGGAAAUCGAACAGAAAAUCCAAAAGUCCUGAGCCAUAUCCUGGUAAAGUAAUAGUGGAUGUUCCUUCUCAUCCAUGUGAUCCGGUGGAGCUCCGUCGCCAACAUUACCAGACCCCAGGUAUGAUCAGUCACCCACCCAUUCCAAUUCAUAUGUUACAAGAGCACAUAGACAAUCUAAAGGCUAACGAUAAUCACAAGUUCUCACAAGAGUACGAGUCCAUAGAACCAGGACAGCAGUUCACUUGGGACCAGUCCAACUACGAGAUUAAUAAGCCUAAAAACCGAUAUGCUAACGUGAUUGCAUACGACCAUUCUCGUGUCAUCCUACAACCUGAAAAUGGCAUUCCUGGUAGUGAUUACAUCAAUGCAAAUUACAUGGAUGGUUACAGGAAACAGAAUGCAUACAUUGCAACACAGGGUCCAUUGCCAGAGACAUUCGGAGAUUUCUGGAGGAUGGUUUGGGAACAAAGGACUGGAACUAUAGUUAUGAUGACCCGCCUAGAAGAAAGGUCAAGGAUUAAGUGUGACCAGUACUGGCCCCACCGUGGUGCUGAGACUUAUGGAGUGAUGCAGGUUCUCCUCGUGGACGUCACAGAACUGUCUACUUACACCAUUAGGACCUUCCAUAUAUCCAGGUAUGGGUAUCCUGAGAAGCGUGAAGUUAGACAGUUCCAGUUCACCGCAUGGCCAGACCAUGGCGUCCCUGAUCAUCCCACCCCUCUCCUGAUGUUCAUGAGGAGAGUGAAGGCCAGUAACCCCCCUGAUGCAGGCCCCUUAAUCGUUCACUGCAGUGCUGGAGUUGGACGCACAGGUGCUUUUAUUGUCAUUGAUGCCAUGCUGGAACGCAUUAAACAUGAAAAGACAGUGGACAUUUAUGGUCAUGUGACCUGUUUACGAGCUCAGCGUAACUAUAUGGUUCAGACAGAGGACCAGUACAUCUUCAUUCAUGAUGCUCUACUUGAGGCGGUAACAUGUGGAAAUACGGAGGUUCCUGCCCGCAAUCUGUCGGUUCACAUUCAGAAACUGAUGCAGCCGGAACCAGGAGAAACUGUCACGGGAAUGGAGUUAGAAUUCAAGAGAUUAGCAAAUAUGAAGGCUAGUCCCAACCGCUUUGUUAGUGCAAAUCUUCCUGUGAACAAAUUCAAAAACAGGCUUGUUAAUAUAUUACCUUUUGAAUCCACAAGAGUAGCAUUACAACCUAUUCGGGGUGUAGAUGGCUCUGAUUAUAUCAAUGCAAGCUUCAUAGAUGGUUACAAAUAUCGCCAGGCCUACAUAGCCACACAAGGAUGUUUAGCAGAGACCACCGAGGAUUUCUGGAGAAUGCUCUGGGAACACAACUCCACAAUCAUAGUCAUGCUCACAAAACUUAGAGAAAUGGGCAGAGAGAAAUGCCACCAAUACUGGCCCAGUGAGAGGUCCGCUCGAUAUCAGUAUUUUGUCGUCGAUCCCAUGGCAGAGUAUAACAUGCCUCAGUAUAUUCUGAGGGAGUUUAAAGUCACAGAUGCAAGGGAUGGACAGUCCAGAACUAUCCGUCAGUUCCAGUUCACUGAUUGGCCCGAGCAAGGUGUUCCGAAGUCUGGGGAUGGUUUCAUUGAUUUCAUUGGUCAAGUUCACAAAACAAAGGAACAGUUCGGACAAGAGGGACCCAUUACUGUCCACUGCAGUGCCGGAGUGGGCCGGACAGGAGUGUUCAUCACCCUCAGUAUAGUGCUUGAGAGAAUGAGGUAUGAAGGAGUUGUCGACAUGUUUCAAACCGUCAAGAUGCUGCGAACGCAACGACCGGCCAUGGUGCAAACAGAGGACCAAUAUCAGUUUUGUUAUAGAGCUGCCUUUGAGUACCUGGGAUCAUUUGACCACUAUGCAACGUAGAGACAAGUUAAUCAUAGCGUUGUGAAUUACUUCAACAAGCAAAUUGGUUUUCUGUGGAGGAAAAACCUGAACAGUUUGCUAGGUAGCCAGAGGCACGAGAAUCCCUGUCAGCUCUAUGUUUAUAUGUGCAAUAACAUUUAGUUAGAAUUAUCCAUUCUUUCUGUGAUGUCCUUGGUGUGCAAGUGGCCAGUACAGGAAGGUUAUGGAAAACAUAAAUCAUGUUGACAUCUGUGUUGCCAAAGAAAUAAACUGAUUUCUGGUCUGCUUCUCUGAAAUAGAGAAGAUUAGUCCAAACUGUGAUUUUUUUUUUUUCAUCAUUAGCCAUGGUGCUUGUGCGUGUGUUAUUGUUCUAGAGACUGCUUCCAUAAUAUCGUGUCCAAAAUGUAUGCAUUGUGUCGACGUUUCUCUAGAGAAGUGAAAACUACAUUACUUUAGAAGGGGUUAUUACUCUUAGUUAACAAAAACAACCAGUUUUCUGGUUUUUCGCUCGCUGUGUUUGUGCGAUAUUUUUUCAUGUUGCAAAAUGUCAUGGCUCAGACAUUUUUUCUAACUGCUCAAUGUCCCAGAAAAUUCCAAACAUCACAAGCCAUGUCACUGAACUUUUUUCACAAUUUGUGAGCUAUAACAUGAAAUUGAAAUGUUUUUAUUAAAGGAAAUCUGAAGGAUAUUGUGGGUAAUAUUUAUUUUUCAUUUUUUUCUUUAUACUAUGAUGUGAUAGAUGGCCAGAUUAUCAUGCAAGCACAUCUGAUUGUCAUUCUAGAUAAUCAAGAAUAUAAUUGUGUUUAAUAUGUGAGAACAAAUAUGUGUUGCUUUAUAGUGUGAGAUGAUUUUGUACAUUUUUGUAUCUAUGUUUUUGGACAGAAGAAAAAAGUGCUUGUUUAUUUAAAAGGACGUCCCUAAACUCUUAGCACCCUGUACAGGCAUAAUAAUGGAAACACCCUGUACAGGCAUAAUAAUGAAACACCCUGUACAGGCAUAAUAAUGAAACAAUGUGGUUCUGAUGUCUGUAAAAAUGGUAGUUCUGUUGUGUUUUUAUGUGCUAUUUGAAAAAAAAAAUUCUCUCAACAAAAGUUGAAACACAGUUGAUUGAACUACAGCAAAUCAAGUUAAAUCUUACAUGUAUAUGUUUUUGUUGUACUGUCUUUUAAAACAAAGGCUUGAAAGUAUAAAGAUAUUUAAUUUUAUGAUAAGAUUGCUAACUUAUGUAUAUAUUUAAAAAAAUACAUGUACAUUGAAGACAAUUUUUCCCACCUACUGAUAGUAUUGAGGCAUAUUUUAUUGUAUAGAUAUACUUAAUGUUCAUUGUACACGACAUGGCAUUAUAAUUAGACCAAGGAUCAUUUCAUUCAUCAUCAUCUAUUAUCCAUAUACAUCACAUAUUCAAUGACCAUAUUAAAUGUUGACGUUUUAAAUGUUAAAAAAAGUUGAUCUGUGAUGAAUUCCUUAUUGAGUGGUAUUUUUUUCCUUAGAACUUCAGGGACAUGGUAUUUUGGUAUUAAUUGAAUUAUUUCUACACACGGAAUUAAUUUCCAAACUAUAUUGUACAUUAUAUUUAAUAAGACUUUAAAGAAUUUAUUAUCGUAUUGCGUACACAGAAAAAAAUUAUGUAAAAACUGAAUGCAGCUUUCUUCUUCUCUGUUGCAUUCUUUAAUUUAAAAAAAAAGUCAGCUUCAUUUAGAGAAUUCAGCGUAGGACUUAAGUUUGCAUCAUGUGGUAGAGUUCAACUUUAGGCUUCAUGGGUAUUGUAUAGAAACUUUUAUGAACAUGUUCCUAUUUCUUAAAGUGUUGUACAUUUUAAACUUGAUGAAACAACACUGUCUUCUUUUAACUGCAUUGCAGUUAAAUGAAAAUAACUCAGCUGGUAUCAGAUUUCAAGAUUUCAAUAAACAGGAGUAUAAAAAUUUAAAUAAGGGGUUAAAUUCAAUGAUAUUUAGAAGUUCAGUAGACCAAUUUGAAACACGAAACAUGACAUUCAACACCUAGCUCCAUGUUCAUGUAAAAGCUGUAUAUAUAUAUAUAGAAAAGCACCCUCACUUUCAUGUAGAUUCUAAAUGUCUCAAUGUAUGUACAUGUAUGUCUGCUUGUUAUAUUUCUUUACAUUGCUUAACUGUAAGAAUCUCAAUCUAAAUCCAUAUACAAUAUGUUAUUAGACUAGAUAAAGAGUAUUCUUAAUGUUCUACAAAAGUCAUCUACCAAUGGUUCUCAUUUUUUCGAUUGAUUUUUUUUUCACAUAAAGUUGAUUAAAGAUUGUAAAAAUUAAUGUGAAUUAAACAGCUUUAAGUCACUAUUUUUUCCUCUUGUAUUUUCACUGCUAUUUAUUCUACAAGAUAUGCUAGACAUUGUUAAAAUUGGUAUUUCAUUAGAUCUACCCAGACCAUUACUGUCUGAUCCUGUGCAUUGUUGUCCUGUACAAUACUGCUGAGAUGUUGUGUUACUUUGAUCUGAUCAGAAGUAUUCAGUCAUAAAUAAAGACAUAUUACUGACA